AUGAGAUGGAAAGGCCCUGGGUUGUUUGCCGAGCUGCUCGAACGUCUGGAGGCGGAUGUCCGGCGCCUGGCACAAGCGUACGGAACCCUCAGUGGCCUGGUGGCCAGCCACGAGGACCCCACUCGGGUGAAUGGUGAUUCCAGGGCUCCUGUGGUACCCGUGGGCUUUGGGGUUAUCCCCGAGGGGGUUGUGAGCCCCAGACACGGAGCUGGCAGGCCGCUUACACCGCCCCUGGAUGAGCUCUUGAGCAAGGUGACCGAGGUGAGUGACACACUCCAGACCAAGGCGCGGCUUCUGGACGAAGUGCACUGGCUGGCCCUGGAUCACGAGGCCCACCUGCAGAGGCUGCGGGCGGCGGCCCCUUCUCCGCUCACCUCCCUGGCCCUGUUGGAUGAGUAUGUGGAUCAGCGCCUGCACCGGCUCUGGGGCAGCCUGCUGGACGGCUUCGAGCAGAAGCUGCAGAACGUCCAGAGCGAGUGUGGCCUGCGGGUGCAGGAGGUGCGGCAGCAGUGUGAGGAGGGCCAGGCGGCCAGCGAGAGGCUGCACCAGAGCCUGGAUGGCCGUGAGCUGGCCCUGCGCCGCGAGCUCGCCCAGCUGGGCACCCAGCUGCAGGGCCUGAGCUUGGUGGGCGGUGCCACCUGCUGCGGCCAGCUGGCCUUGAUCGGUGCCCGGGUGGACAGCCUGGAGCAGCACUUGCAGGGGGUCCCCGAAGCACCAAGGGGCCGUGGCCCCCUCACCCGGGAGGAACUCACGCAGCUCUCCGCUGCCAUGCUCGACGGGGGUGCAGAUGGGCUGCUCAAGGGCCUGGAGACACUCAAUGGGACGGAGCGGGGCACGAGGGGCUGCUGGGGGGGGGUGGGGGAAGAGGCGUGGGGCGCAGGCGGCUUCAGGACCCUGCUGGAGGGGCGGGUGCAGAGCCUGGAGGAGCGCCUGGGGAGCCUGGCCGGGGAGCUUAAUGGUGAUGGUGCCCCCCCAGGUAGGGCAUCCCAGCCCCCCGUGCAGACUGAGCUGGCGGUGCUGGAGCAGCGGCUGGUGUCGCUGGAGACUUCAUGCACCCCCAGUGCCACCUCGGCCAUCCUGGACACGCUGGUGGCUGAGGUGAAGGCCUGGCAGAGCCAGAGCGAGGCACUCCUCCGCCAGGUGGCCAGCCACACCGCUCUGCUGCAGCAGCUCCGUGGCACCGUGGCCGAGGUCCAGGGGCAGCUAGCGGAAGCGACGGGCAGCUCCCUGCAGGGCGAGAUCACCCUGCUCAAGGUGAACUUGAACUCUGUGAGCAGGUCCCUCUCGGGCCUCAGCGACUCCGUCAGUCAGUACACGGACGCCUUCCUGGCCGCCAACUCGUCCCUGGACGAGCGGGAACGCCGCGUAGAGGCUGAGGUCCACGCCAUCCAGGAGCAGCUCAGCGGCCAUGGCUCCCGGCUCCACGCUGGCCACAGGCAGGUCCUCAGUCUGCGGGGCGAGCUGGAGCAGCUCAAGGCUGGCGUCGCUGACGUGGCUGGUGGGCUGAGCCGCUGCCGGGACACGGCCCGGGAACUCAAGCACGUGGUGGGCCACUUUGACCGCAGGGUGGCCCAAGUGGAGGGUGCCUGUGGGAGGCUGGGCCUGCUGGAGGCCGGCUUGGACAACGCGCCCCAUGAGACACACGGACCCCGCGAGGGGCUGUGGGGCCACCUGGACCAGCUGAACCGCACACUGGCCCAGCACGCCCAGGACAUCGCCCGCCUCCGGGAUGACCUGCUCCACUGCAGGGCGCAGCUGGCUGGGCAGGAGCGGCCCGGGAGAACAGACUAGGUGGGCUGGGCAGGGCUCUGUGCCCAGACCAUGCCCUCCUACCACCACUGGAAUCCUCACUUGG